AUGUUAAUCAUAAAACCAACUUGGUUAGCACACGCCGAGGAAAAGAGACGCUUCGAAGUCUACACCUGUCAUGUGUCCGCUGAUGGCAAGCGACUCGCCACUGGUGGCCUCGAUGGGACUGUCAGGAUUUGGUCCACAGAAGCCAUCCUAAAAGCUGGUGAUCAGAGCUACCAGGGCCCUCGGCAGCUCUGUUCUAUGAAUACACACACAGGCGCCGUCCUAGCGGUCCGCUGGUCCGGUACAAACCGAUAUCUCGCAUCCGGCUCUGAUGAUAAGAUUGUAUUGAUUUACGAACGGGAUCUAAAUGCUGCACCUUCUCGACCUCAAUUUGGAAGUUCGGAACCAGGCCAUACCGAAACAUGGAGAACGUAUCGACGACUUGCAGGUCAUGACAACGAUGUACAAGAUGUCGGUUGGUCCGCCGACUCAUCGAUACUGGUCUCGGUCGGGUUAGACUCAAAAGUUGUGAUCUGGUCUGGGAGUACUUUUGAGCGCUUGAAACGCCUCGAUGUUCAUCAGUCACAUGUCAAAGGGCUUACGUUCGACCCCGCGAAUAAGUACUUCGCAACGGCUUCGGACGACAGGUCAAUCAAAGUUUUCCGAUUCACACCCCCUGCUGCAAAUACUAGUAUGCAUGAUGUCGGCGCAAACUUUGUCACGGAGACCACCAUAACAAAGCCGUUCACCAAAAGUCCGAUAACAACCUACUUUAGACGGUGUUCGUGGUCACCGGAUGGCGCCCACAUCGCAGCUGCUAAUGCGACGAACGGCCCGGUUUCGUCUGUCGCCAUCAUUAAUCGUGGUACUUGGGAUAGUGACAUCAACCUUAUUGGACACGAAGGACCUGUCGAAGUUUGUUCUUUUGCCCCAAGAAUGUUCUCGCGUGAGCAGUGGCCACCCCAGAACGGCAUUGUCCCAGGCCAGAUGCCUCACUUAACAACGGUCAUUGCAUGUGCUGGUCAAGAUAAAUCACUCUCCCUCUGGAACACGUCGAGCCCCCGGCCACUGGUUAUCGCCCAAAAUUUGGCAACUAAGACGAUAUCCGAUCUCGCCUGGAGUCCAGACGGUAGGUCUCUUUUUGCGACCAGCUUAGAUGGCAACGUUGUCGCCAUCAUUUUUGAGGAAGGGGACCUUGGUUAUGUUGUUGGUUUGGAAGAGAAUGAGAGGCUGCUACAGAAGUUCGGCACGGCAAGAAAAGGCGUGGGUAUUCCGGAGAGCGUUGAUUUCCUGCUAUUGGAAGAAAAGGGGAAACAAGAGGAAAGAAGGGAGGUAGAAGGGCGUAUGGGAGCGCUCAUGAUGGAUGGCGGAGGAAACACGAACGGAGAUACCAUCAUGAGUGGUACAGCACAAAAUGGGGUUGGGGCCCAAUGGCAAAUGCAGAUCCACGGGCAAGACUCAAAUUCUCAACCAGCUGUCCCGGAUCCCAAGCCCACCGUAGAACCAAAACCGGAGAAAAGGGCUGUACAGAAAAUUACCAUCACAAAAGACGGGAGGAAACGGGUCACUCCAGUGCUUGUUUCAUCAGCUACCACGUCAAACUUACCAAAUGCACAGCUCUUAGCCAAACAAAUCACUACGGGACCAGGUGCGGGGUUUGGCCCCCAAAGCACCCUUGAUCUCUCUCGACCGUACGAUGGAUUGCCAAAAGGAGGACUUGCGGCGGUUCUACUCGGGAAUAAGCGACGUAAUCCAACACUCGAAGAAGCAGCAGAAAACGAAGACGGUGUUUCCUCCCCACCUAAGAGGAAAGUUACCGCAGUCAAUGUAUCCGCAACAGCAGCUGCGGAGAGUACAGAGGUCCUGCGACCCCCAAUCAUAAACCCAGCACUUUCCGCUAGCCAGGUCAGGCUUGCCGUUCCAAAGAUACGAAAUAUAGUCGUCCGAGCGUUAGACAGCCAGGGAAACCCUGCCCCUUUGCCUGAUAAUGUCAAUGGGCCCUCGGGCGCUGAGUCACAGACAGGUGAAUUCGUCUUUGAGGCCAAAAAUAAUAUCAAAUAUCCUCACCCAAAUGAACCAACCAAGUUGUCGGUGGCACACCAGGGCAAAACCGUCUGGGUUGAUUAUCUCCCUAAGCCUGUUAUUCUUAUCACAGCAACUACCAAUUUUUAUGCCGCUGCUUGUGAAGACGGCACAAUACAUGUGUUUACGCCCGCUGGAAGACGCCUUCUCUCCCCCUUGGUUUUGGAUGCUACUUCUUGCUUCCUCGAGUCACGGGGUUGGUGGCUAAUGGCCAUCACUUGUGUCGGAGCCUGCCAUGUCUGGAACCUUCAGACAAUGAAGUCGAAGUACGGUGGCGGGGGUGUCAGCCUUGCACCCAUAUUCGAUCUCGCAAGUAUACUAUCGGAUGCUGAUAAACCCGUCUCUAAAGCAGAAAGUAUCACCGAGGCUAGCGUGAAUGGCAAUGGCAACGUAAUCAUCUGCUUAACGAGUGGCGAUGGCUUCGUCUAUUCGAGCGACCUCUGUGUCUGGCAAAAGAUAUCUGAGGCAUGGUGGGCUACGGGAUCACAGUUCUGGGAUACAAGUGGUGGAACCGCGAUGGCAACCGGAGCCGGCUUGUCUUCCGGAAUCAUUCCGUUUGUCGAGAGACGCACAACGGCCGAGGUUCUUAUGCACGGCCGUGGCAGAUUCCUCCAAGGUAUCAUAAAACGGCUUUCGACCCGGGAGGGCUGGGAAGGCUUCGAGAGCACCGUGUCUGUUGCCCACCUAGAAAACAGAAUUGCAGCUGCUAAGAGCCUGCAAGCAAAAGACGAUUUCAAGACAUAUCUUACCAUGUACGCGCGACGCAUAGCUAUGGAAGGCGCCAAACACAAAGUUGAAGAGCUCUGCAAAGAGCUUAUGACUGACGUUAACGAGUCGAUGAUGAUGAUCGAUGACUCUGCGGACCCUAAAGGGGAAAGCAAGGUGGAAGAUACGAUGAUAUGUGGGUGGGACAAGACGGAGUUGCUGAAAAGCUGCCUGUUAAUAUUUGGCAAAUUCCGCGAACUUCAACGCAUCACCAUUCCAUACGCUCGAGCUGUUGGGAUGCUUAUCGAAAAUAACGCAGAGGAUUUAUAG